AUGGCUUCAAUUACUCUUUCUCCAAAUGCUUCACCUGUUGUUGCUUUGACUCCAUCAUCUAGUGUUGUUGUUUUGUCACCACCUCCAUCACCUAUACCGGGUUCUUCUCUCUCGAAUCAAACAUCGAAUUCUCCUCCUCCUUCGUCGCCUUCUGACCCUUCAGCUCUUCCUCCUUCUGACCCUUCAGCUCCUCCUCCUUCUCCUCCACAUGCUGUGCCUGUUACUCCUCCUUCGCCGCCCGUUUCUCCCCCUCCGUCUCCGUCUCCACCACUUUCUCCUCCACCAUCAACUACACCGCCGCCAAGUUCUCCACCACCAUCGCCACGUGCAUCACCACCUCCACCAGUUGUAGCAUCACCACCUCCUGCACCGCUUGUAACAUCACCACCUCCUGCACCAGCUACUACCAAUUCCCCUCCUCCUCCAGCUACUACUACUGCCUCUCCUCCAGAUGAAACUUCACCUUCGCCUCCGAACUUGUCUCCACCACCUCCAGCAGCGGAUAAUGAAUCAAAGCCACCAUCUGCCAAUCCUCCUCAGACACCACCACACGCAAAGCCACCGAAAAGUACUCCUUCGCCUCCCUUACGUGACGCAUCCCCUCCAUCAGUUUCUCAACCACCUCCUUCACAUGAUGCAUCCCCUCCAUCUGUUUCUCAAUCACCUCCUUCCCCUUCAACUGUUCCACCUCCACCCACAUUGCCAUCAACUCUUACUUCAGGACCUGCAGCAACUCCUACUAACGAAACAGUACAUGGUGACAGUCCAAUUGUGCCAUUUCCAUCUAUACCAAGUGUUAACGGUUCUGAUAAUAUAGCCACAAACAACGCUCCUUCACAUUCAGGAGGGUUAAAUACCGGAGUUGUUGUUACUAUUGGCGUUGUAUUGCACUUUGCACUGGAAAUUAUUGCACUUUGCACUGCAUAA